GAGAAGCAUUGGAACAAAAGAUCUUCGGCUUUGAUGAGAGCGGAGAGCCCGAGUCCUGUGCCGUUGCGCGCCACUCGUUCCCGCUGCUCUCCGCAGGUGCGCUGUGGAAGAUGUGCUGUGAUCCGCUGCGCUACGAUGGAUUUGGGAGUAGCAGCUGCUUCCCGGAGCUGCAGGGCUGGCAUUCGCGGCUUUGCUGCUCGGGCCUCCAGGAGCCGGCGAACAUCAUCCCUGGCCUUUGGGCAUCGCUGUUGGACGGGACUCUGCAACCACAGCAGCAGCCAAGCAGGUGGGUGAAUGCCACCCGCCUGCUCUUCGUGACCUACCACAAGUCUGGAACGACGCUCUCCUUGGCGCUUCAAAGCUCAGUGCAUCUUCGAAGGUGGGUGCUGGGACGCGAAGGCCUGGCGGACGCUGGAGACGGCGACUGGCUGCGCACUCUCUGGACUCGAACGAGUCCUGGGUUCCAGCGUGGCAUGCACCAGUACCAGACGCGACGCGGGCGGCUUAUUCUGAUGAUCUCGCCCAAUGAGAUGGUGGAACCUGAGAUUCACGACCUUAUUCUCGAGGGUCACGCAAAGCUGGUGCACGUGGUGCGAAAGCCCACCGAGCUACUC